AUGGUCGAUAUAUGUCAAGUCGACGUCAAUGCCAUCAAAGGCGAUGUUUGGUCAUGGGCGCUGGGCAUGCAGAUCACGAUCGCCACGCUCGCGGGCAUUACUUGGUAUAACGCUUUCGAACUGGUCAUCCUGGUCUUCGUCACCUUCUCGCAAUAUAGCGGUCUCUACUUCUGGAGCCUGCUCGUCUCGUCCUCUGUCGGCCUAAUCCCCUACUCGUUGGGCUUUUUAUUGAAAUUUUUCGAUUUGGCGAAAGACGAGUCAUGGCUUCCCUUGGUGCUGCUGACUAUCGGCUGGUGGUGUAUGGUGACUGGACAGUCCGUCGUGCUCUACUCGCGCUUACAUUUGGUCACUUCGAACCAGGCCGUCUUGCGACGCGUAUUGAUCAUGAUCGUUGUCGACGCGGUUAUUCUACACGUCCCAACCACUGUCUUCACAUUCGGCGCCAAUCUGGUUAACAACCUCAGUCCGAGCCUCAGGGGCUGGCUCUGUGGAUAUAAUUUUCUGGAAAAGUUCCAGAUGACCGGCUUCUGUAUUCAAGAGUUCAUCAUCUCGGGUCUCUACAUCUACGAGACGGUGCGCAUGUUGCGCCUGGAUAAAGACCGCGCCAAGGCCAAGAUCCAAUGGCAGCUGCUCGUCAUCAACGCCAUCAUCGUCAUCAUGGACAUCGGCCUGCUUGUUGCAGAGUAUAGGGGAUAUUACAUGAUGGAGACCAUGCUCAAGGGCGCUGUCUACAGCAUCAAGCUCAAGCUGGAGUUUGCCGUGCUGGGCAAAUUGAUCCACUUGGUCCAAGGCCACAGCUGGAGGCCCGAGUCUGUCCCCUCUCCACACGAUUUCCCGGAUUUUGUCGACGUGACUCGCGUGACCACCGAUGUGACUCACGCCCCGUCAUCGUAUCCUCCUCGUCGACCCUCGUGGAUGGACUCCGAUGCUGUCUCCAUCGCCAUGUUUGAACAUAUGCCUCCUCCAUCUGAACGCCCCUCCGGUUCGGAGAUGACAAGCACCUGGAGUCGCGAAUCACAUAUUCACCCUCAUGACUUUACCACACCUCUUCGGCCUUCCCGACUUCCAUCGGUGGUGUCGUCCCUGAAAUCCGAGAGAUCUCGAGAACCAGGUUAA